AUGACCAAAAAGGGUAGAAGAUCAGACUGUGGCCCGAGGAGGGGAAGACAGGAGAGGUCCGUGGAGGCAGAGGCCCUCAAACCCCUCGAAGAAAUACAGAAGAAACUUCUUUUUGAAGAGAAAUGUUUAAACAAAAAGAAAGAAGAUCUGGAGAUCGAAAGGAAGAAAAUGACCAUCGAGCGGGAAGCCCUGCAGAAAGAGCGCAGUCGGAUGGUUGAGAUGAGGAACGCAUUCUGCUUGGAGAAAGAAAACGUGAAAAAAGAGAGAAAAGCCUUGGAGGAUGAGAAGACAGCGAUGGCCAUCUGGAGAGAGGCCUCCAGGCGGGAGCAGUCUGAGGUACAGAGCAUGAGGGAGGCUUUCCAGCUGGAAAGACAACGCAUGCAGGAAGAGAGAGAAACCUUUGAUCAGAAGGUCAGGGAACAUCUCAUGGUGAUGAGAUCCUUUGAGGAUGAAUAUGAUGACAUGAUCAGUGACAGAGAGGCAUUUCAGAUCGAGAGGGAAGAGAUGGCGAUGAUGAGGAAGGCCUACAUCAGGGAAAAAGCAGGCAUCCAGAAGCUGAGAGAAGAAUACCAGCUGGAAAAAGACCGUUUGGAGAAAGAGAGAAAAGAGUUCAAAGAAGAACAAGUGUCCAAAUUUAGGAGAAGAAGAGCCUUCAAUGCUGAGAAAGAGGCCAUGAAUGAGGAGAGGAAGGUGUGGGAGGCUGAGAAAGAAGAGCUGGAGAAGCUGAGGAGAGCCCUCUGUCGGGAAAUGGAAGACCUGCAGAAGGAGGCCGACAUGAUGCAGAGUAAAAACCUGGCAGAACCAGCACACACACCUUCCCUGGACGCCGCUGCGACCGGAGAUGGAGAAGCGUCGUGUCAGCCAUCCUGCAGCUCUGUUUCCGUCGCCUUGCAGUGA